GAGAGAGAGGAGAGGGAGAGGAGAGGAGAGGAGAGGAGAGGCAGGCGCACACGUACUGAACUAGCCGAUAUUUUUGGAAUUAGUGUCUGUCAAAGAAAGACAAGGAAGAAAGGAGAUGUUAAGGAACCACAUGCAAAAUGCAACGAUUUCUCCCGAAGAAAAAGCUUCGCCGGUCCGGCAUUUGGGGUCUGCCCGUUCUCCUCGCCCUGUCAGUCCCUCUGGUUAGUCUCGUUUUCACGGCACUCUCUUGGGGUCACACGCGCAGCUUGACGAGGUCUCUGCAGACUCUGCAAGAUCGCCUGGUGCAGGCGGAUUUGCAGCGAGAGGCGACGGUGCAGCUGCUAAUGGAGCAGCAGGACCUGCGGGGAAUGAGAGCAAAGCGAGGGGCAGGCAUGAAGAACAGGAAGAGCAAGGCUGUGGUAGCCGCGCACUUCGAGAUAAAACCAGACAACACAGCUGGAGCAGCUUCCAGUGACAUCAUCAAAGGCUGGGCCGAGGUGAAUCUGAGCACCAGCUCUCCGGUGAACUAUGACCCCAGCACAGGAGGGUUCACAGUGCUAACAGACGGGCUCUACUACCUGUACUGUCGAAUUCAUUUCAUGGAGAGAGAAAGUGCUUACCUGAAGCUGCAGGUGUAUGUGGGGAGGGUCCCGCUGUUCAGCUGUCUCCAGAGCUAUGGGACGACCCCGUCCUCCUCCCCGUCCACCAAGCUCGGAGACUUCUUCUCCUGCCACGUGUCGGGGCUGGUCAGGCUGACGGUCAACGAGAAGCUGACCGUCCAGACCUUCGGGGGGACGAAUCUCCGCCCCAGACACGACCUCAACUACUUCGGCCUCUUCCAGGUCAAGUGACCCCUGGUGGGAAACGAAGGGAAGCGCAGCCGGUCUGAUUUUUUUUUAAAAUUUUUUUUUUAAAUAAACGCCGCUCCUUCGUGGAAAGAUUCUCCAUCCAGUUUUACAAACACAUAUUGCAGGGUGCAAUUCAAAAUCUUUUACAUCUGAAUGAGAGAGAUACGCGGGAGGGAGGUUGUAAUUGAACUACGAUAAAACGCGAUCGCACGUCUUCGAUCUGGACAUAAAAAAAAAAAAAAAAAAGAUUGUUGCUAUUAUUCGUCUUCUUCUUCUUCUUCUUAUUAAUCAGUCAUUCAACACAUGCGUCUUCCAGAGACCAGGGGGGUGAACUCUGCAUCAUCAACAACUGCUGCUACUCCUCUACCCAGCGAUGCUGAACCCCAAUAGGUGCUCUCCAGACUGUUACACACCCCCGAUCCGCUGUGACAGUCGAGCACAUCUGGGAUGAGCUUGAACCUUGUCGGGAUUCUCCGCCAGUACCUCUCUGCACUGGUUGAAUUAUCAAUGAACGCCCCUUUCACACAGACUCAUCCCGACAGUUUGUAGCGCCAGGGUAAAGAGACCCCGAUUGUAGGGAGAGGUCCCAGUAGUGCCCAGGCUGUGGGAAUGGAGUGCUGUCAGGUUACUCUCCUCUUCCUGAACUAUAUUACAUUCGGAGGACACUGGCUUUCCAGCAAGCAAACAAACAGCCUUGAGUGAUGUUAUAUAACAGGACUGCUUUUUGAUUCUAAUGGAAACAUAUUGCCAAAGUCUCUGUGUGUGUGUGUGUGUAUGUCUACACACACACACACACACACACACACAACCUGUACUCACUGUUUUAUUAACGAUUGUUUAUUUAUUUUAUUUUAAAUCUUUUAUUUUGUUUAAAUGUGGUGAUCAAAUUGUUCCAUCGAUUCAUUAGAGGCGUCUUUACCGGGACUCGCACGUUUUACAGGGGUUGGGGGUGGGGGGUAAUGAAACAUGCCCCAAUUGAACAAAUAACAAGAUCU